ACUUUUAGUGCUGCCAACAGAACACAACACACGAUUAAUUGUCGGGCUGGCAACAAAACAAAUAAAACAAAAGAACACAAUUACGAUAAUUAAAAAAUAUUUAUGCGGUGGCAUUUCAACCACCGCAAAACAGAAUGAGCAACCUAAAACAGGAUCUCGAUGAGUAUUUACUGCUGCAGAGCGAUCAGAAAAAGAACUUCAAUGUGAAACUGCCACAGAUUAAGGUCCCAGGACUGACGAACAUCUUUUCCCGCAACGCGGACCAACCAGAGGCAAACAGUUGGCUGAAGGACACACAGGACUCAUGCUGCCCCAAGCUGUCGAGACUGCAGCGCAUUGUUGGCUUCGUUGCCUGUCUGGGAAUGGGCUGCCUUUGCAUGACGCUGUCGACGCUGUACAUUCCAGUGCUGAUGCUGAAGCCGAAGUUUGCUCUGCUCUUCACACUCGGCAGCCUGUUUUUCAUCUUGAGCUUUUGCUUUCUCGUCGGCUUCCAGGCGUUCGUCAAACAGAUGUUCUCCAAGCCCCGUUUAAUCACAUCCAUUUCGUACAGUGCCUGUCUCACUCUGACACUCUACUUUGCGCUCGUGGCGAAGAGCACAGCUUUAACGGUUCUAUUUGCCGUCGCACAGAUAAUCACGUUACUCUUCAUGCUGCUGGGCAUGGUGCCGGGCGGGGCAACGGGCCUCAAGUUCUUUGGACAGCUGUUCAAGAGCAGCGUUUCCAGCUCAUCGACUGUGCUGCCCGUUUAACAUUUUUCCCCUCCCCCUCCCUCACAAAACAACUUAUACAUAUAUACAGACUUUUAUUUAUUAAUCGUUAUUAUAAUGCUGAAAUAAAACAUUUGUGAUACAAGCAUCGAAAAACUGUA